AUGGACUGGAGCAGGCUCAUUGUAAUUUUUAUUUUACUUCUAGGCACAGGUCACCAGAUUGCUGCUAAAAAUGGUAUUACUUUGUCGGUGUUCACGGUAACAUCAAAAAGCGUGACAGUUCAGUGGAGCCGUUAUCCAGGAGCCAGUUCGUACAAGAUUACGGCGACACCGAAACAAGCCCCGAAAACCCCGUCUUUCUCUCAGUUUGGAACAAAUGAUGUAAUGGGCUCAGUUAAUUCUCUUACCCCUAACACAAUGUAUGAAAUGGAAGUAACUGCUAUGGAUAACACUUCAAAUGUACUUAGUCAAGCCAAGGUUGAAGAAACGACAGCUCCUGAAGUGCCGAACAUUGCCAAAGCCUACUCGAAGCACAGCAACAGCAUUAUCGUGGAGUUCAGCAGAGUGACCGGAGCCACCGGAUACACUCUUCGGGCCGAGACAGAAUCCGGCGACUUUUUCCUUGAGACUCAGGUGACAGAUUCUCCGGGAGUCGUGCUCAACCUGAAGCCCUAUACGGAGUAUAUCAUCAGCGCGAUGUCAGUCAACGCGGGAGGCAGAAGCCAGCCGUCUCUCCCCGUGGCAGCAAAGACAGUGCUGCCAGCGCCACAGCUGAAUACUUCUUCUCCCAACAACAGUACCAUAAUUGUCAGCUGGAACCCCGUGGAUCAAGCGGUUCUGUACACGUUGUGUAUCUCCAAGGAGGGCUCCGGCACAUGCGUCAAGCAAAACACCACCGACACUGUUUUAAUCUUCAAAGAUCGAGAGCCUGGUACCAUCUAUUGCAUCAAAGGGAAUGCCUGGGAUCCCAAUGGCAUCCCUGGAGAUGACUUCUCUGUUUGCCAGAUCACUCGUCCCAGUAUCCCAGUGAUAACCCAGAUCAUGCUGAGCUCCGUUGAUCCCCAGGUUUUGUUUGUGAACUUUACACUUGUGCGUGGGGCAAACCAUUACCAAGCUCUCAGUUCUACCGGUCAGACAUGCACCUCCACUGACAGCCCAUGUACCAUCAGCCCUGUAAGCUGUGGACAGACCCAUACCAUCAGCGUCAACGCCUUCAACGAGGCCGGCCCCAGUGACCCCUCAAACCCUGAGUCCUUUAUCACCUUCCCAUGCCCUCCAGAGAUCCUUGGGGUGGAGGAGCCAGAGCCGGCAAACUGCACACUGAGGUGGGGUGCAGUGGACUGGGUGGACUACUACAUUGCCUUUGUGAAGAGGGAUGAUGGAGCAGAAGAGUUUUGCAACACCACCACCAUGCAGUGCAACUACAUCUGCAGCUGCGGCUUCACCUACUUCAUGAACGUCUUUGCCUACAACAAAGCUGGAUCCAGUUUCCUGGGCCAGGUGCUCAACUACACCACCAUUCCUUGCUGUCCAAAGAACGUGUCCAUAUCGCUGGUGUCCCCCGACACUUUGGAGAUUGCGUGGUUGCCCGUGCGUGGGGCCGAGCUGUAUGAGACCAAAGCAGCCGGCACCUCCGAUCUCAUUUUCUGCAACGACACGGACCCGCUGUGUGCCCUGUCCAACCUGCAGUGCAACACCGAUUACAGCGUCGUGGUGCGGCCGUGCAGCGAGCUCCGAGGCUGUAACAACACGUGCAAGCCCCAUUCCGGGGAAACAGCUCCCUGCACACCGGAGAUCCUGAGCAUCAGGCAAGUCAACAUGUCUUACGUCAACGUAUCUUGGAGUGCCAACAACACGAAGGCCGUGUACACAGCGAGAAUGGCGGGACAGACGGACUCUCGCACCUGCCAGUCCGCAGGAACGUUCUGCGAAGUGUCCGGUUUGCCCUGUGGUACCGCCUAUGAAGUCAGUGUAACAGCCAAGACUUCAGCGGGACUUAGUUUCCCCAGCUACACUAUGCCCCUGGAGACAGGACCUUGCUGUCCAGAGAGCGUGAAUGUAAGACAGGUGACCCAAGCCAUGACCAACGUCACCUGGUCAGCCGCCACCGGGGCAAAGUCCUACAUUGCUUCUCUAAAUUCACCCCGUGGAACCGCCAAGUGCCACACACUAGAGACACACUGUCUGAUGGGAUGCAUCACCUGUGGCACUAACUACACCGUCUCCAUGACGGCCAUCAGCGGGACCGGUCACAAGUAUGAGUGCACCUAUCAAGGGUUCUCUUCCUACGCCUGUUGCCCCUCACACGUGAAGCUGUACAGGAUGAGCAAUCACAGCAUACGUGUGUACUGGAGCAACUCGGGAGCAGUCGGCUACACGGCCAACCUGCACGGCAGCGUCUCCAACUACACCUGCACCCCGCAGCUUGGGAGCAGCUUCUGCGACGUGUCCAACAUCACAUGUGGGGAUGUCUACACCGUUGUGGUCGCUCCUGUGUCACGGGACGGCACCGUAAUCACGCUCUGUUCCAAGAGGAUGUUUUCUGUGUCUUGUUCAGGGAGCAAUGUUGGAAUGGUUAUCUAUCGUGGGAAGGGAAGUGACUAG